AUGCCUCCCAACCCCCUCGCCCCUUCCUUCCCCUUCCCGCCCUCGCCCACACCUACCAGCUCCUCCACUUCGGCAGCAUGGCCCCCACCCACCCUCUCCCACUUCACAGCCCGCUGCGACUCGCUCUCGUCUCUCGCGUCCAGCACCUUCUUCCCCGUUUCCCCGCCCACCCAGGUCAACCUUCCUUCUCCGGCCAAAGAAGAACCCUUCGACUUUGGCGCGAUUGGCGAGUCCCAGCGCGUCAGGCAGUUUGGCGAGGGAUGGAAGAGCGGAUCGUCCGAUAGUCUGUGCAGUAGCGGGAAUGGGCACGGGCAGGGCCACGGGCAUGGUCUUCAGGUGGAGCUGGACCCACCAAAGACUCCACCUCGAUCAUCGAUGGCUUCCUUCCUCGACAAUUCGGCGGACCUUACCCCUCUCGCCCCUACUCGGACGCGCACGCCUAGCUUGCCCAUCCUCCCCAGUCAAGGUAUACUUCGGUACGGUCCCAUACCUUCUACCGGCAGCAACGACCACCUGAUGCCGGAUUUCAAUCACCUCGCUAUCAACCCUCUCACCCAAACUUACGACCCCUUCUUCUCCCCUCCACCCCCUUCCUACCCCGUCGACCCUCGACACGUCCCCAGGCUCUCGCCUCGGAUGCCCAGCCUCACGCACCAUCAGUCCGUCCCCAAUCUCGACAGGUCGCAACGGCGUCGGACGGGCGUGCGGUUCUCGGAUGAACUGCUGGCGUACGAUGAUGACGGGGAGGAGGUGUCGCCCAGGCAGGGGCUGGGGUUAAGGAGUUUACCGCUGGUCUCGAGUGGGACUAAGAAGAGGAACGUUUACAUCCACGCUCUUCCCUCAUCCGUCACUGAACAGGCACUCAAGUCAUACGCCGAGGUCUUUGGGAAGGUGCUCUCCAUGCGGGUUGCGGUCGAAGAGGGCAAGAGCUACGAUACUCGUCGACAUGCGUUCGUGAUGCUCGAAACGAAUGAGCAAGCUGGGGCAUUCAUGGCUGCAAUCCGGUCCAAGGGGUUCCCAUGCGAGUAUGCCAAGGAGGACUGGCAGACCGAGUAUAAGGCGCGCGAGGAUCCGACGUCAAGCAACAUCUACGUCGUCGGUCUUCCGCUUGAUUGGGGCAAGGAGGAGGUCGAAGAAUACAUGUCUCAGUUCGGACGCGUAGCUUCUUUGAGGCUGUUGGAGGAUAAGGAUGGGAAUAGGAGGGGGCCGGUCCUGAUCAGGUUCGAUAGUCGUCCACAGGCGGAACGAGCCAUCAAGAUCCUCAAUGGCCAGAGUCACCCCGGGACUGGCGAAAAGAUCCAAGCUCGUAUCGCAGACUCUGACAACCAAAAGGACUACAAGAAGCUCCGGACCAGCGCGAGCGCCGACCUACUCCUGGACGAUCGGGAUGCGCCUCCUCUUGAGGAGACAGAUGAUGUCAAUUACCUCCUGACCAUGCGGGACAAGAUGGCUCGGCGGCUCCAACUUCUCAACGCUCAAAUCAGCAAUGCCGCCGAACGCACUCUGUCUCCUCAACACACUUUCCAGCCCAGCGCACCUCCCUUUAUCCCGCAGUCAUACCGCGCCGAUAUCCCCAUCUCCUCGCCACCCACUUCCACUUCGGCCUAUACCUCGCCUCAAGUCUGGCGCCAGCGCCAUUUGUCGUCUCACGACUACGCGCCCUGGAGCGAGCACUCCCCCAUCCACACCUACUCCGGCGGUGCUAGUCCUUAUCAGGUCGCACCGCACGCGUCGUACGGCUACGCCUCGCUUCCGACUGAGCAGGUGCACGGCCAGCCUUGGUCACCUGCUCGAGGACAGAGUUUCUCGGCGUAUCGUCCCUCGGCUGGUCCGACGUACGGCGAGGCGGGAGUGCACCAUACCAAAUCGACACCUGAACUCGGUCGGGCCGAGUCAACGGCGAGGUUGCUUUGGCCGAACUGA